UUGAGCGCCUACUGUAUGCCUUUGUGCCUUCAAGCUACAGAGUUCACAGUGUGAGGGGAGAAGCGACUUCAAACGACUUAUUUUUACUUUGUGUUUGAGACAGGCUCUCACCUGAGCCCUGGCUGACCUGAAACUUACAGCCGGCCUCCUACUACAGCCUCCUGAGUGCUGAGAACAAAGGUGCCAGCCACUGUGUCCUGCCUGGCCCUUUUUUUUUGUUGUUUGUUCGUUUGCUUGUUUUCCUCAUAUUAUUUUUGGACAAGGUCUCACUAGUUGCAAAGACUGGCCUCAUGCUCAUGGGAAUCCUACUGCCUCAGCUUCCCAAGCGCUGGGAUGAUGGGUGUACCCCAGGACAGCUAUAAGUAAAUAUGGUGCCUUUGGUACACAAAACACAAAAGUAGUGAAAAAUAACUUCCAGGAUUGAGGGUGUGAAGUGCCGAAUAAAGUGAGAAGAGCCGAGGGCUUACUACAAAAAAUACCAUAGGGUAGGGGGAGGCAGAGAAGCAACUGGGUUGUCUGCUGAUGACACCAACAUUGUGAGGUGCCAGGACAUUGAGUCAUGUGAGGAAGGCCCCCCAUGCCUCAGCUGGUCAGUCGGUGCCCCCAGCCGUGGGUGGCCGAGCCUCUGUUCAGCACCAGGCCCUGUGUUAACCACAUCCAGCCAUGAGCCCCCAGCCGUGUAGCCGAGCCCGGUAGUGCUCACUCGUGGCCCGUGUUGCAUCUACAUAUGGUUCUGCCCUGCCGUAGUUGGGGCAGCUCAAGUGGCCACCAUGACGAGGCUGCUGGUGGCCAAGAUUCUCUGCAUGGUGGGCGUGUUCUUCUUCAUGCUGCUGGGCUCUCUGCUCCCGGUCAAGGUCAUCCACACGGACUUUGAGAAAGCCCACCGCUCCAGAAAGAUUCUGUCCCUCUGCAACACCUUCGGUGGCGGCGUCUUUCUGGCCACGUGCUUCAACGCAUUGCUGCCAGCUGUGAGGGACAAGCUGCAGCAGGUGCUGAGUCUGGGGCACAUCUCCACCGACUACCCGCUGGCUGAGACACUCAUGCUGCUGGGUUUCUUCAUCACAGUCUUCGUGGAGCAGCUGGUGCUGACCUUCCGCAAGGAGAAGCCAUCCUUCAUCGACCUGGACACCUUCAAUGCGGGCUCGGAUGCAGGCAGUGACUCCGAGUAUGAGAGCCCCUUUGUGGGCGUGGGCAUGGGCGGUGCACGGGGGCACAGCCUGUACCCUGAGCCUAUCACGCACACCCACAGCGCGGGUCUGCGGCUGCAGGAGCUGGCUCGCCCGGGCCCCCUGCGCCUGCUCAGCCUGGUCUUUGCGCUGUCUGCCCACUCUGUGUUUGAGGGCCUGGCUCUGGGCCUGCAGGAGGAGGGCGAACGUGUGGUCAGCCUGUUUGUGGGGGUAGCUGUCCAUGAGACACUGGUGGCUGUGGCCCUGGGCAUCAGCAUGGCCAGAAGCGCCAUGCCACUGAGGGACGCAGCUAAGCUGGCUGUCACCGUAAGUGCCAUGAUCCCGCUGGGCAUCGGGCUGGGCCUGGGCAUCGAGAGCGCCCGGGGAGUGCCCAGCAGUGUGGCCUCAGUACUGCUGCAGGGAUUGGCUGGUGGCACCUUUCUUUUUGUCACCUUCCUAGAGAUCCUGGCCAAGGAGUUGGAGGACAAGAGUGACCGGCUACUCAAGGUCCUCUUCCUGGUGCUGGGCUAUGCAGUGCUAGCCGGCAUGGUCUUCCUCAAGUGGUGAGCCGGCCAGCCCGUGCCCACAUUAUUCUCGUCGCCAGAAACCUGGAGCCCCGCUAGACCCAGGCUGGGUCCUGCCUCCCUGUGAGCUGUGGCCUGCAUACAAGAGCCACCCUGACCAGACUGCACCCCAUGCUCUACCCACACUUCGGGGUGCUCGAUGCUAUUUUACAAAAUUCUUGAAAUUCUUUACCAAAGCCAUGUGACCAUGUUGCCCCAGGAGGUGGGGCUGGGUGCAGACCCUUCCUGCCGUUCUGCACCCCCUGAGCACAGACAAGGAUGGAAGCCCCCUGUCUCAUUGCCAAGACCCUGCCCAGAACUGAGUCUCAGGGUUCACAAGGGGCUUGUAUGGUCACAGCGCAGCUCUGUGACAGUUUCCAAAAGGUCCCCUCUUGUGGAUUUUCUAUUCCCCAGAUAGGGAAGGGACUUCAUCCUCUUGCCCUCCUGCCGUGGGAGGUUAUAUCUUCAGGAGACCAGCCAGAAUCAACUUGCCUCAGCCCUCAGGAGCACCCCUCUGUCCCUCCUGCUAUGGCACACUAAAUGGCUCCGUAGAAGGUGGGAGCUGGGAGGCGGCACGGUCUCAGCCUGCCCAUGCCUGGGUCUCCAGAGGAUGUGGGUGGCAGCCACACCUCAACACAAGGAAACCUCACCCCAAGGGUUCAGGCAGCAGGCAGCCCAGUGGGCCAGGCUCCUAGCAACUGCGGUGGCCUGUUGUUACGGCAACCCCAGCAGCCACAGCAGCAUCUUGGGACAGUUUGGGUGAACCGUGCUCUGGCGCUCCUGCAGCCCGGAGACUCUCAGGACUCACGCUGGCUUCCUUCCCAUGACUUGCUGCGGCCCUUGGACUCUGGGCCUUGGACCUGUUUGCUGGGGUCUCCUGGAUCUACAUUCCAGAACUCUUGCGCCUCAGCCCCCUCAACACUGUCCACAUGGUGGGACAUUAAACUCCCUGACAAGGACAGGCCCUCCUCUGCCUGGGGAUGUCACUCUGGUCCUGACCCGUGAGGACUUGUCCAAGGGACAGCCUGUCUUCUCCAGCCAGCCAACUCCCCCCCCCCCCCUCUCUCUCUCUCUGUCUCUCUCAGGCUGCAAGGCAUCCGGAGAAAUGGCUUUGGGUAUCCCACCAGGGCUGUGCCCCAGCUGUUGUAAAUAAAUGAGUUCUAACCCCA